AUGCUACGGGGCUGCAACGCUACGAUGGCACAUGCUUCACUGCCGGUGCUCGAUGCAGGUUGUGGCACUGGCCUGAGUGGGGAGGCUUUGGCAGCAGCUGGAUUCAGAGAACUGGUGGGUGUGGACGUCAGCAGUGAGAUGUUGAGGCUUUGCGAAGCAAAGAGGCUCUACAGCUCUAUUUCCUGCUGGGACUUGGAGGGCUCGCAGGGACCUCUGCCAUUUGCCGACGACAGCUUCUCGGCGGUGGUAUGUGCUGGUGUCCUGUCAUAUGUCCAGCGGUUUGACAAGGUCUACAAAGAAUGGUGCAGGGUGGUCGCCCCAGGUGGCCAUGUCAUUUUCACACACCGUGAUACGCUUUGGGAUGCCAACGUGCACUCGUGCCGGUCUGCGGCAGCAUCACUCCAGAAGUGGCGCCUAGUUCAGAGCUCAACGCCCGAGGCCUACAUGCCUCGAACGCCAGAACCUCGGGAAAAUGCAAAGAAGGUCCGAUAUCUGGUUUUCCAGUGCUUCUAG